AUGUGCUUAUGGACGGGUCUCAGAGUUGCUGGGCUUUGCAUCUGCAUCGUACGGGAAGCUGAGCUUUCACUGGUUUUGAAGGCAUUGCUCCUCUCGACUUCUGGGGACUACCUCCUUAUAUGCAUCGGAUUCACAUACAUUUUUCUCGUGCCUCUGCGCGCCGCGGCGCUUACAAAGAGUGCUGUUCCGCCCGAGAAUCCAUGUCGGCCGCCGUGGUAUCGUGGAUUGCCGUGGUCUAGAGGAUGGCCUCUCCUAGGCCAUGCUCUUUUACAACUCUCCGUAUCCGCUCUUGCCUUGGCUUUCUUUGUAGUGGGUAGCAUAGGCUAUAGCGAUCUAGCCUUCUCUGCUUGCAUAUUGUUCAGCAUCCUCAAUACUUGUACCCUCCGAAUCGUUCUUCGUCAAUCACUCCAGCUUCUGCAUGCUCGGCUCUCUGCGCGCUCCACAAGGUUUCGUUUUCGUCCGUUCAUCCAGCAAUAUGUCGCGAGCGCUCGUCGAUUAUCCGGGUUCCACGCCACCCAGCACCUCGCAGGAUUUCGGAUGGCUCCUAUCGUCAUGGAAGAUCAAUACCGGACGGCGAAUUAUCUCGAGAACGGGGAAGGGGAUUCUCCUGCUUUUCUUAGGCCGGUCGAGGACUCGUGCACUCUUGUGCGGCUCUCUCAUUUUAGGCCGUGCGCAGAGACGAAUAAGAAGCUUAGCAAGCUCGAGAGCAAGGAGAUUCUACAGAUGUAUGAAUUGCCGGAUGAAUCCUGGGAACUCCUUGUGCUCAAGUCAUACUUGCCAGCCUUAGCGGGCGGCCUCGGCAAGGUCUUCACUAGUUGCAGGAUCGAACCGGACAGCGGCCCUACCGAACCCAGCGAGGGCGAGGGCUAUGAAAACCUGGGCGUUUUGCGAGAGGGAAGAGUACAUGAGAAAUGA